GAACUAAGCAACAGUAGUGCGCACGCGUGUGGCGCUCGCGCAUGCGCAGUCUCUCUCGUGUCAGUGAGUGGCGAAGAUGGCGUGCUCUGCGGCUCGCAGCUCCGCGCGCUGGAUGGCGGCGGCGGCGUCCUCUGGCCACAGACGGGCCUGCUCUCAUCUCCUGUCCGGCGCGGACGGAGCGCACAGGAGUCUCUCGACGCUGUCGGGCUGCCGAGUGUGGACGCGGCGCGGCGGAGGAGCCGGGACUGCGGUGACAUUGAGAGGCAUGCCAGCGUUGAGCCCUUCUUCUCAUGUCGUCUGUAAGAUGUCGUUCCACACCAGCUCUCCUGCUAGAAAACAGGAUUUCUACCAGAUCCUUGGGGUUCCACGCACAGCCGCGCAGAAUGAGAUUAAGAAAGCUUAUUACCAGAUGGCAAAGAAGUAUCAUCCUGACACUAACAAAGACGACCCUCAAGCGAAGGAGAAGUUUGCACAGCUCGCUGAGGCCUAUGAGGUGCUCAGUGACGAGGGGAAGAGGAAACAGUAUGACAUGUACGGCUCUGCUGGGUUUGACGCGGGUCAGGCCGGUGCGGGACAUCAGCAGUACUGGAGCGGAGGGAGCAGCAUCAACCCCAAGGAGCUUUUCCGCAAGAUCUUUGGCGAGUUUUCUGGAGGCUUUGGGGAUUUCAACGCCAUCUUCGAUCAGCCACAAGAGUAUGUGAUGGAGCUCACGUUCGCUCAGGCUGCUAAAGGAGUGAAUAAGGAGAUGACGGUCCACAUCGAGGACACGUGUCAGCGCUGCGGCGGCAGAGGCCAUGAGCCCGGAUCCAAAGUCCAGCACUGCGGCAGCUGCAACGGGACAGGCAUGGAGACGGUGAACACGGGGCCCUUCGUGAUGCGCUCCACCUGCCGGCGCUGUGGCGGGAGGGGCUCGGUCAUCACCUCGCCCUGUACGGCGUGCCGGGGGACGGGACAGACCAAACAGAGGAGGAGCAUCACGGUGCCUGUUCCUGCCGGAAUCGAGGAUGGGCAGACGGUCCGAAUGCCUUUGGGGAAGAAAGAGAUCUUCAUUACAUUCAGAGUCCAGAAGAGUCCAGUCUUCAGGAGAGACGGUGCUGACAUUCACUCUGAUGUCAUGAUCUCUGUGGCUCAGGCCAUACUGGGCGGCACGGUCAGAGCACAAGGACUCUACGAGACCGUCAAUCUCUCGAUCCCAUCUGGGAUCCAUGCCGACCAGAGGAUCCGGCUCUCUGGUAAAGGUAUUCCACGGGUCAGUGGCUACGGUUAUGGCGACCACUACGUCCACGUCAAGAUCAAAAUCCCAAAGAUGUUGACGGACCGGCAGCGAGCCCUCAUGAUGAGUUACGCGGAGGACGAGACCGAUGUGGAGGGAACCGUCAAUGGAGUGACCAGCACCACCACAGGUAAAAGAUCCACUGGAAAUUGAGACUUUAGUGGAGAUUCAGAUUCACAGUAAACCUGAAGGACAUAGAAGAGAAGGAAGCGAGUCUUCUGCUGUGGACAUGCAGCAUUGAGUUCAUCUUGAACGCUCCUCAGAAACGACAAAUAAGGAAGAUCUGUGGAUGCAUUAUUGACAUUUAAGAGAAGAUCCCAGAGGAAUAUGAUCUACACAUUUACCCGUCUUACCUAAAAUAUUGUGAUAUCAGCCUUAGCGCCAACAUGAACCAUAGAUCUUGUCUUUGGUCUGAACUUUUACAUUAAGGUUUUACAUAGUCAAGUCUUUCCUUUUCUGAUGUUUUGAAGCGAUUCACAAAUGAUUGGAAAUCUUUACUUCAGUAACAAUAUAAUUUCAGAAUAAUGUUCAAGAUCUUUGUUUGUGCUGACACCUCACUGAGCGUAACCUCCUUCUGCUUGAUUAGCAGUGUACAUAGACAGCUGUUAAUAUUAAAUCAUUUUAAUGUGUCGUUGUAAAAAAUAUGCAAAAAUUAAUAAAGUCUCUGUGUGACAACUGUAAA